AUGGCGGAGAAACAGCUGAUCGUGGCCGUUGAAGGCACUGCCGCGAUGGGCCCUUUCUGGUCCAUCAUCGUUUCUGAUUAUCUUGAAAAGAUCAUCAGGUGUUAUUGUGGUAAUGAAUUGUCUGGGCAGAAGCCCUCUACUUCCAAUGUUGAGCUCUCCCUUGUCACGUUUAAUUCUCAUGGAUCAUAUUCUGCUUCCCUAGUGCAACGGAGUGGCUGGACAAGAGAUGUUGAUAUCUUCUUACAGUGGUUAUCAGCCAUUCCCUUUGCUGGUGGUGGUUUCAAUGAUGCUGCAAUUGCAGAAGGGCUUUCUGAAGCUCUAAUGAUAGAUGACACCAGCAAUGAAAUUUUAAAAUCAAAAGAUUGCAUUGCAAUCAGACAGCAUGAAAGAACUGAGGCUAUCGUAAAAAGAGGAAACAAAAAGAUGUUCCCUGUUGCUCCAAAUGGAAGCCAAACUCAACCAAAUAUAGAUGGGCAAAGGAAUUGUAUUCUUAUUUCUGCAAGUAACCCUCAUCCAUUGCCCACACCAGUCUAUCGUCCACAAAUACAAAAUCUGGAGCAGGCCGAAAAUAUCGAUACACAGAAUGAAAGUCGUCUAUCUGAUGCAGAGACAGUGGCUAAAUCAUUUCCUCAGUGCUUGGUUUCUCUCUCAGUCAUUUGUCCAAAACAGCUUCCAAAACUUAGAUCAAUCUACAAUGCAGGGAAGCGCAGCAGCCGAGCAGCAGAUCCACCCGUUGACAGCGUGAAAAAUCCUCAUUUUCUUGUGCUAAUCUCCGAAAACUUUAUGGAGGCUCGUGCUGCAUUGAGUCGUCCUGGAGUUACAAGUUUUCCUUCUAAUCAAACGCCUGUAAAAGUGGAUGUUGCUUCAGUUACUUCAGUGACUGGGCCACCUCCAACUUCAAUUCCUUCAGAAUUUAGAGAUACACUCUUGUGGUGUGAGGCUUCAAGUACAACUCCUCUUGCAGGUCUUAAGGAUUUCAGCAAGAUUCAAGCAUCUGUAUAUGUUUUUCCUGAAAAGUUUGUUGUGGAAGUUGAUACCUUCUUAGUGCUAAUUUUGAAUGGAUCUAUCACAAAUCGGCCACCAAUUUCAGUUGGAAAUGUUCCCACUGCAACUGUCAAAGUUGAGCCAAGUACUAUAACUUCCAUGGCAAAUGGACCUACUUUUCCCCAUAUUCCUUCCGUUCCACGCCCUGCAUCUCAAGGAGUUCCAAGCUUGCAGACUUCUUCACCAUCUACGACUACUCAAGAUAUGGCAACAAGUGGUGAAAAUGUGCAGGACUUGAAACCUAAUGUCAGUGGGAUGACACAGCCUGCACGUGCUGUGCCUCCCGCUGCAGCAAAUGUGAGCAUUUUGAACAAUCUUUCUCAAGCACGGCAAGUGAUGAACUCUGCCGCUCUAAGUGGAGGAACUUCUAUAGGUCUCACAUCAAUAAAUCAAACUUCUGUGGCCAUGCAUAUGUCAAAUAUGAUUUCGAGUGGAAUGGCAUCAUCUGUGCCUGCUGCUCAAACUGUAUUUUCAUCUGGGCAACCAGGUGUCUCUUCAAUAACAGGGUCGGGGACUGGGACAACACAAAUUGCACCAAACUCCGGUCUUGGUGUUAGCAUUGGCCAACCAGCACCAGGCAUGAGCCAAGGGAAUAUUUCAGGAGCACAAUUGGUACAAAGUGGAAUGGGUGCGAACCCAAACACAAUGAGUGGUCUGGGUCCGUCAGGUGUCUCUUCUGGUUCAAACACAAUGAUUCCUACUCCGGGAAUGUCUCAACAAGUGCAAUCGGGGAUGCAGCCUCUUGGUGCAAACAAUAACUCAGCAGCUAAUUUGCCGUUGUCACAACAGGCAGCAGGGGGCUUGCAACCAUCUCAAUCAAAAUAUGUCAGAGUCUGGGAGGGAAACUUGUCUGGGCAACGACAAGGGCAGCCUGUCUUUAUCACCAGACUAGAAGGUUAUAGGAGUGCUUCGGCCUCUGAGACGCUUGCAGAAAACUGGCCGCCAACAAUGCAAAUAGUUCGGCUUAUAUCACAGGACCACAUGAAUAACAAGCAAUAUGUCGGAAAGGCUGAUUUUCUAGUUUUUCGGGCCAUGAAUCAGCAUGGAUUUCUUGGACAACUCCAAGAGAAGAAGCUUGUAAGCUAUCUGGAUGCUUUGAUUUCUUUUUUGGGGAUUAGUAGUGAUAUGAUGUUUUCUUAUGGAUCUUGA